AUGCAGACGGUUGAGAUCAAAGUGAAAAUGGAUUGUGAUGGAUGUGAGAGAAGAGUCAAGAAUGCGGUUAAAAACUUGAAAGGAGUAAGAAGUGUGGAUGUGAACCGAAAGCAACACCGUGUAACGGUGAGCGGUUUUGUGGAGCCGAGGAAGGUUCUAAAGAGAGUGAAAAGAACAGGAAAACGGGCCGAACUGUGGCCCUAUAUUCCUUAUAACCUGGUACAACACCCUUAUGUAGCUCAAGCAUAUGACAAACGAGCCCCGUCUGGAUUCGUGCGCAAUGUUUCGCAGGCGGUCUCGAUGCCAAAUUCAGAUGAGGAAAGAAUGUCUUAUUUUUUCAGUGAUGAUAACACAAAUGCCUGUUCUAUUAUGUGA